AUGCCGGGCCGCGCCACAGCGCCUCAGCAUCAGGGGAAACAUGUCUCCUGUAGGACACCCCUAAACAUCACCGCCUACCCAGCCGCCCACACUCCCUGCAUGCCGAGCCGCGCCGCAGCGCUCCAGCCUCAGGGGGAACGUGUCUCCUGUGGGACACCACCAAACAUCACCGCCUACCCAGCCGCCCACACUCCCUGCAUGCCGGGCCGCGCCGCAGCGCCUCAGCCUCAGGGGGAUCGUGUCUCCUGUAGGACACCCCCAAACAUCACCGCCUACCCAGCCGCCCACACUCCCUGCAUGCCGGGCCGCGCCGCAGCGCCUCAGCCUCAGGGGGAACGUGUCUCCUGUGGGACACCACCAAACAUCACCGCCUGCCCAGCUGCACACACUGCCUGCAUGCCGGGCCGCACCGCAGCGCUCCAGCCUCAGGGGGAACGUGUCUCCUGUGGGACACCACCAAACAUCACCGCCUGCCCAGCUGCCCACACUGCCAGCAUGCCGGGCCGCACCGCAGCGCUCCAGCCUCAGGAGGAAUGUGUCUCCUGUGGGACACCGCCAAACAUCAUUGCCUGCCCAGCCACCCACACUCCCUACAUGUCGGGCUGCGCCACAGCGCCUCAGCCUCAGGGGGAACGUGUCUCCUGUGGGACACCACCAAACAUCAUUGCCUGCCCAGCCACCCACACUCCCUGCAUGCCGGGCCGCGCCGCAGUGCCUCAGCCUCAGGGGGAACGUGUCUCCUGUAGGACACCCCCAAACAUCACCGCCUACCCAGCCGCCCACACUCCCUGCAAGCCGGGCCGCGCCACAGCGCCUCAGCCUCAGGGGAAACAUGUCUCCUGUAGGACACCCCCAAACAUCACCGCCUACCCAGCCGCCCACACUCCCUGCAUGCCGGGCCGCGCCGCAGCGCCUCAGCCUCAGGGGGAACGUGUCUCCUGUGGGACACCACCAAACAUCACCGCCUGCCCAGCUGCCCACACUGCCUGCAUGCCGGGCCGCACCGCAGCGCUCCAGCCUCAGGGGGAACGUGUCUCCUGUGGGACACCACCAAACAUCACCGCCUGCCCAGCUGCCCACACUGCCUGCAUGCCUGGCCGCACCGCAGAGCUCCAGCCUCAGGAGGAACGUGUCUCCUGUGGGACACCACCAAACAUCACCACCUACCCAGCUGCCCACACUGCCUGCAUGCCGGGCCGCGCCGCAGCGCCUCAGCCUCAGGGGGAACGUGUCUCCAGUGGGACACCCCCAAACAUCACCGCCUACCCAGCCGCCCACACUCCCUGCAUGCCGGGCCGUGCCACAGCGCCUCAGCCUCAGGGGAAACAUGUCUCCUGUAGGACACCCCCAAACAUCACCGCCUACCCAGCCGCCCACACUCCCUGCAUGCCGGGCCGCGCCGCAGCGCUCCAGCCUCAGGGGGAACGUGUCUCCUGUGGGACACCACCAAACAUCACCGCCUACGCAGCCGCCCACACUCCCUGCAUGCCGUGCCGCGCCGCAGCGCCUCAGCCUCAGGGGGAACGUGUCUCCUGUGGGACACCACCAAACAUCACCGCCUACCCAGCCGCCAACACUCCCUGCAUGCCGGGCCGCGCCGCAGUGCCUCAGCCUCAGGGGGAACGUGUGUCCUGUGGGACACCCCCAAACAUCACCGCCUACCCAGCCGCCCACACUCCCUGCAUGCCGGCCCGCGCCACAGCGCCUCAGCCUCAGGGGAAACAUGUCUCCUGUAGGACACCCCCAAACAUCACCGCCUACCCAGCCGCCCACACUGCCUGCAUGCCGGGCCGCGCCGCACCGCCUCAGCCUCAGGGGGAACGUGUCUCCUGUGGGACACCACCAAACAUCACCGCCUGCCCAGCUGCCCACACUGCCUGCAUGCCGGGCCGCACCGCAGCGCUCCAGCCUCAGGGGGAACGUGUCUCCUGUGGGACACCACCAAACAUCACCGCCUGCCUAGCUGCCCACACUGCCUGCAUGCCGGGCCGCACCGCCGUGCUCCAGCCUCAGGAGGAAUGUGUCUCCUGUGGGACACCACCAAACAUCAUUGCCUGCCCAGCCACCCACACUCCCUACAUGUCGGGCUGCGCCACAGCGCCUCAGCCUCAGGGGGAACGUGUCUCCUGUGGGACACCCCCAAACAUCAACGCCUACCCAGCCGCCCACACUCCCUGCAUGCCGGGCCGCGCCGCAGCGCCUCAGCCUCAGGGGGAUCGUGUCUCCUGUAGGACACCCCCAAACAUCACCGCCUACCCAGCCGCCCACACUCCAUGCAUGCCGGGCCGCGCCGCAGCGCCUCAGCCUCAGGGGGAACGUGUCUCCUGUGGGACACCACCAAACAUCACCGCCUGCCCAGCUGCCCACACUGCCUGCAUGCCGGGCCGCACCACAGCGCUCCAGCCUCAGGGGGAACGUGUCUCCUGUGGGACACCACCAAACAUCACCGCCUGCCCAGCUGCCCACACUGCCUGCAUGCCGGGCCGCACCGCAGCGCUCCAGCCUCAGGAGGAAUGUGUCUCCUUUGGGACACUGCCAAACAUCAUUGCCUGCCCAGCCACCCACACUCCCUACAUGUCGGGCUGCGCCACAGCGCCUAGCCUCAGGGGGAACGUGUCUCCUGUGGGACACCACCAAACAUCAUUGCCUGCCCAGCCACCCACACUCCCUGCAUGCCGGGCCGCGCUGCAGUGCCUCAGCCUCAGGGGGAACGUGUCUCCUGUAGGACACCCCCAAACAUCACCGCCUACCCAGCCGCCCACACUCCCUGCAAGCCGGCCGCGCCACAGCGCCUCAGCCUCAGGGGAAACAUGUCUCCUGUGGGACACCACCAAACAUCACCGCCUUCCCAGCCGCCCACACUCCCUGCAUGCCGGGCCGCGCCGCAGCGCCUCAGCCUCAGGGGGAUCGUGUCUCCUGUAG